CAUUGAAUUCCUAAAGGAAGUAAUCAUUAUUUUUUUUUCCCUUCUUUUCUAAAGCUCACAAAUAUCUGAUGGCAGAGGCAGCACUUCAAGGAAAGAGAGUCGGAAUGAAGAAUUUCCACGAAUCUCCAAGUAGAGAUUUUCCAAGAAAAUAUCCCGGGAAAAUUAGUAAUCGCUGGAAAUUAGUCCUACGUCUCCAGUAGUGCCGACCUCUCCAAUCUCGAUUCAAACAAACAAUUCUCUUAUUUAAAUGGAGACGAUUCUCGAAGGAGGAUGUUUCUUUCUCUUUUCCCUUUAAAGAGGAAGGGUUAGAGAGACACUGAUAGCGACACAGUGACGUUAAUGGAAGUUACAAUUUAGGGUUUAUCAUGAACUAGGAUUUGUGCUUUGAUUUUAUAUGCAUUAAUGUAUAACUUUGUCACUAUAUGUAUCGACAACUUUGCAUUGAAUUCAAACAAAAAGUUGAAAUUCAAACCCCAUGGGUUUACGUGUCCAUUUCACGCCGUCUCUUUUCUCUACCUAAAAACGCGUCUCUCUCUACUCGCUUUGUGUGUGUGUGUGUGUGUGUGUGUGUGUGGGUGGGGGUGUGUGUGUUGUGAAACUUCCAUCAAGCUUCUUCUAAAACCCAUCUCUUCACCAGGUCUACUCAGCAGGUACGCGUUAAUUUCAUCGUUCUUUUUUCUGUUUCUCUCUCUUCCACAUUGUUUGGUGAGGUUGGAUCUUUAUAAAAAUAUAUUCUGGUUUUGUAGUCUCUUUCAUUUCUGUCUUUACGCGGUUGUUUCAGUUUAGUCAGUUAGUUUGAAUAGAAUCCUGGGAAUCUCAUAGGUAUAUGUCGUCCAGUCUUAUUUAAAUUAAUAAAAUGACAAGCCCAAUGAUCUUCCUAGUCUUGGCGAAUUCGAAAAACCUAUAUAUUCGACAUAUAUCUAUAUAUAAAUGAUAUAUUUUGUUAUGAUAGCUAAAGGGUUCUUCUUGUUGUGGUAGAUGAUCAAAUUUAUGCUUGACUUUUAUGACUUACGCGUUGUUUAUGGUACAAUUUUAAGCUUCCUUGUACUUUCAUGUAGAGAGGUCAUUCUGAUUUCUUUUAAAUAGUUUGGAAGUUGGGCAGUUUUGUGUUACCUAGCUUAUUGAUUCUGAGCAUAUCUUGGGUUUAGCUUGUUCGAUAGUCAAUUUUUGUGUUUUUGAUGGUACUGAAACGAUAUUUUGGUGAGGGUGGUGAUGAUCUGUCUGAACAUCCAGCUAGGGAAUCCAAACGGUGCUUUCCAUUUUCGAAUGUUUUUAGGGAUUUGAUGAAUGAACCUUCACUGCACGAGCUAGUUUCCAAGUUGGAACCUUUUCUCCGAAACUUGGUGCGUGAGGAGUUGGAAUGUGCAAUUUUCUCAUCUUCAAGAUCCUCACUUAAUCAAAUUGAGUCAUCUGGAGUUAGGGCCUUGCAGUUACACUUUACCGACAAAUUGCCCUCUAUACUUUUUACCGGCAGUAGGAUAGUAUCGGGGGAUGGAGAGCCUGUGAAAAUAGUUAUACUUGAUGCUUGCUCCCAGAACACAAUAACAUCUGGACCCUUAUCUUCGAUAAAGAUACAACUUGUGGUCCUUGAUGGUGAUUUUGAUUCUGAUGAUCAAGAAGAUUGGACAGAGAAGGCAUUUAAUGCCAAAAUUGUGAAAGAAAGACAAGGCAAAAGGCCAUUGGUGACCGGGGACCUGCUAAUUACAUUGAGAGAUGGAGUAGGGUAUAUAGGUGACAUCAGCUUUACUGAUAAUUCGAGCUGGAUAAGGAGUCGAAGGUUUAGGUUAGGAGCAAAAGUGCAAAAUAUUUGCACUGAAAUAAGAAUUAGAGAGGCAGUAAGUGAAGCCUUUGUAGUGAAAGAUCAUCGUGGAGAGUCAUACAAGAAGCACCACCCUCCAUCCUUGGGUGAUGAUGUUUGGCGGUUGGAGAAGAUAGCAAAAGAUGGCGCAUUCCAUAAACGAUUGGCUUUGCAUAAAAUAUAUACCGUGAAGGAAUUGCUGCGGUUACAUAUCACUGACCCGUCCUUACUUCGCAAUAUACUUGGUGGUGGGGUCUCAGACAAGACGUGGACAACAAUCAUUGGACAUGCUGCUGAUUGCAUUGUAGAUGAUGACAAGUUGUACAUGUACAGGGCUGCAGAAAGGGUUGUUCUUGUGUUCAAUUCCAUCUUCAAGGUUGUGGGAGCAACCUUUGAUAGCCAGAAUUAUCAGUCUUUGGAUAAACUCAAUAAUAUUCAGAAGCGGUUGGUGGAAGAUUGGAAACGGCAUGCGUAUAAAAAUUUGAAUGACUUGGUUCCAAUUGAUGACCCCUCAGUUGUUGGCUGCCCAACCCUAGUGUUGAGUCCACAAGCUGACCCUUUCGGCUGCCCUACUUUAGGUCUGCAGAAUGAUCAUUUCCUACUAGCACUAGAUCAACAGGAAAUGCAGCUGGGCUCCAAUGAUAUGGCAUCUUCAUCUCCAUUUGCCUACAAAGUGGAAGAUGCUAAUGAAUUGGAAGUUUCCAUGGCACAGAGUUCUCAUCAAAUGCAAAUGUUCACCUCAACAAUGAGGAACAGUUUUACCAUGAGAGACUUUUUAUGUGGACCCGAUGGUGGAGGAUGUAGUUGGGGUACAAGUGGUUCCAUGGGUCCAGUUGUGUUCACUGGACAUGUUGCUGCUGAUGAUAACAUUCAGGAUGAAACAACAUGGCAAGGGAAUGGGUUGUUUCAGGCUCCAUACAACAAGGCAGCUGACAUUGUCUCUACCGAUUUUGGUAUCCAUAUCCCAAGGAGUGGAACACCCAAAGCGAGGUGGUGUAAGCUUCGGGCUGCCAUCACGUGGGGAAUAUUGGUUAGGAGGGAUGUGACGGCUAAAAGAAUGGCAAGACUUCUGUUUGCCUGAACUUCAGUUGUUAGUAAUUACCUCAAAGUUUCAGGAGGUAAGCUUCUUUUAAAGGGAUUUGGUUACUUCUUGUGUAGUAGUCCCUCUCGCAUUUUUUUCAUUUUGUGUAGUAGCAUCACAUGUAACAAAAGGUUCUUGUGGAUAGUCUCUCAUAAAUCAGUGUUCACAUGAUUUUAUCAUGUCAGUUAGGCUGAAUGUGCCUGCUAAAUAAGGGCAAGGCUUCUGCAUCUAUAUUGCUGAACUUUUGCUAAGCAGUCAUCUUCAAGAUUUAGGAGGUAAGCUUCUCCUAAAUGUUAAAUUAGGUUAGUGGCUAGUAUACUUUCUUGAAGUCCUGUCUUUCUGUUUCCAUCAAGUGCAAAUUUGGUGCUUGUACAUGGAGCAGUGUUCAAAUUAUUAUUGUAAUAUUCAAAACAAAUAUCUUUUACUUGUUCAAUGAAUCUUGUGUUUAAUGAUCUUUGCUGGAAAGUAGCAUCAGCAUUUUGGAAGAGCACUGUUAUAAAGUGAUGCAGGUAAUCUAUUUGGUUCACUUAAAUGUGAAAUGUGUAUGUCAUGGAGUCGCUUUGUAGAAUGGCAUGGCCGGUUGUUGUUUUGCAUGCUCUAAUCAAUUGCUGUGACUGCAAUGUAGAAAUGCGCCUAACUUUUUUGAGAGAUAAUUUCAUUUAGCGGUGGGGACUUACCCGACUUGUGAACCAUCAGCAAACAGAUCACAAAAUCUACCUAGCUGGAUUAAUCAUCGACCGAAUCCAUCAACAGGUUCAGGUUAUACAGUUCUGCUAGUGGGUCAAUGACAUUUAUGUGUUUGUUUCUCUUGCA